AUGGCCCUGAAAAGAGUGUGUUGCAUGUUCUAUUUCAUUGCUUUUCUAUGGUGGUCUCAGUGGAAUGGGGUGUUCGCCUAUGGAGCAGAAUGCAGGGCCGCCACGACCAGUUCUCGUAGAAGACAAUUACUCGAGCGCGUCUCCCAAGUGACAGCAUCAACGUUUCUUCUCAACCAGCCGUCGUUUGCUUUAUCCCCCGAGGAGGCAGAAAAAGCAUACGACACAUAUGCUUCCACGUACAAUGACCUCGAUGGAGGACAGGCUGCGUCUGCGCUUGGCAUUGAGACUGCCAGAGCAAUGCUUAUCAGUCAAGCCCGAGGGGAUGUGCUAGAGAUUGGUGCGGGAACAGGCUUGAACCUGGACAAGUACGCAGCGGAUAGAAUAACAUCCUUGACGUUGGUAGACAUUUCUCCUGGCAUGCUUCGCGAGGCCGAAGCAAAACUGGCAGAAGCAAAAAUUCUGAAGAGUGUACCGGUCAAGUUCAUCCAGGCCGAUGCAACCUCGGACCUUGUCAGGCGUUUUGGAACACAAUCGUUUGAUACGGUCGUGGAUACAUUCAGUCUUUGUGUUUUCGGCAACGAAGGGACCAAGAGAAGUCUAAACGAAAUGAGACAGGUCGUGAAAAGUACAGGACGGGUUUUGCUCUUGGAGAACAGCAGGUCUACGAACCCAUUGCUUGGGCUGUACCAAGACGGGACAGCCAACGUAGCCGCUGCGGUUGGUGGUAAGGGCUGUGUGUACAAUCAAGAUGUAGGUCGCUUGAUCCUCGAAUCGGGAAUGAAGAUCAUGAAAGAAGAAGAUUAUGCAGUCGGUCUCUUCCGGUCCUAUGUUUGCGAAGCGCGGAGCACGUGA